AUGUUCAUGACGCCACCGCCGUUCGCGUUUCCUCCUCCAUUUGCUCCUCCGGGAUUUGCGGUUCCUCCUAUGAAUGCACCUCCACCUCCGUUUCCACCAUACAAUCAAUUCCAACCACCUCCAAAUAUACCGUAUCCUGUUCCACCCAGAGUGAAUGCCACUAUAAGCGCGCCGAUAAAUACAUCAUUUCCUCCACCACCACAUCCUCCGGCAGCGCCAUCUCCUCGCGUUACGCAAAGCAUACCACCGCCACUAAUUCCACCACUAGUGAACGUCUCAAGCAUACCACCAUCGGCACAGGUCAAUGCUCAUUUUUCUCCGAUGCAGUACACAGCACCUCCUCCUGCUACUGGUACGUUCAUUGUGAAAUUCAAUCGAUAUGACUAUAUCUGUCUACUAUUCAUGACUUUGUUUAACGCAUUCACGACAAGGCCGUUUUGCAAGUGCUGCUACUUUGGAUCAGAGCAUAUUUCGCAAUAAUC